GCAUCCAUUUUUUCUGCUUGGAAGUGUUUUGUCUCUCGAAAGAAAGAACGAAUUCAGAUCUCCAAAGAUAUCCUCAAAAGGAAAAAGAAAGAAAUCGAGUAUUUUCACGAGUGUCAAGAAAAGAAAAACUGAAUUCGAAAUGAACUCGGGGAGUGGCCGUGGAGCAGAUGGGAAGCUGCCAUCGACGUCCAAGCGUCAAUCCCAAGAUGGCGAAGGACAACCUCCCAAGAGACGCCGGCCGGAGGACGGAGCUGCGUCGGAGACGGACGAGUACGGGUGGACCGCGUUGCAUCGUGCAGCAAUGGACGGAGACACGGAGAGGAUCAGGGAGCUGCUGGACGGAGGAUGGAACACGAGGGCGAGGGAUCGAUGGGGACAGACGCCCCUCCUCGUGGCCCUGUUGUGUCGGAAGGAGGCCGCGGCGGAGCUGCUGGCGGAGGCUGACUGCGUCACGGAUGCGGAUAACAGCAUGCACACCCAUCUGUAUCUCGCUGCCAGCUUUGGGUAUGUGAAUAUCGUCCGUAUGCUGCUCGCGGGGGGAGCAGACGCAAGUGCGAAAGACGGAGCUGAAUGUACGCCCCUCCAUGCUGCCUUGUCCCGGGGGAAGGAGGCCGUGGCGGAGGUGCUUCUGGAGGCCGCACCCGAAUGCGACGUGCCGAACAUUAUUGGCUGCACCCCCCUGCACUUCGCUGCGAGAGAAGGUCUCCCGCGGAUAGUUCAAUCUUUGCUGUCGAGGGGUGCGCGUUUGAAGGCUAAAGACGUAGAUGGAUACUGUCCCCUGCGCCAUGCCCUGAUGCGUGGACACGACGCUGCGGCGAGAGUGCUCCUGGCGACGUACGCCUGGAGUGACAUCGCGGUGCAUUGGGAGGAGAUGAGGCUCCCACAGCAAGAGGAGGAGCGCGGCGUCCGGCUGCUCUCCGAGUGCGAGGCCGAGAUGAGGGUGGCCCUGACGGAGGGGUCCCGCCUCUCCCUCCGCGACCUCGCCCGCCGACCCCCCUCCCGCCUGGCCCGGCGCCUCUCCGACGAGGCGAUCCGGCGGCUCUCGGACCGGGACCUCCUGGCGCGGGACUUCCCGCUCUUCGGCGACCUCCUCCUCGUCCGGCUGGGGGAGGUCCGGGAGCGGAGGGCCCUGGAGGACCGCUUCCUGCGCUGCUUCCCCCUCCUCUGCCGGCCCCUGCCCCCCACCUGCACCGACGUCCUCCUCGCGUGCCUGGCGGACGACGACCUGAGGCACUUCGCCCGGGCCGCGGAGCUCUAGUCCCCGGCGAAAAAGAAAAUAAAGAUCAGGACUUGAACUGUAUGAAUCUUUUGUUUUUGAAUGUGCCCGAGAUAGUUCACUGAACUUUAUCUGCUGUUUUCGUAAACAAACCCGUUUGUCUUGUCAAGAUGAUUAUUC